UAUGAAAGUGAUGACAGACCAAGAGAAGAAGAGGUCACUUACAGGCAACUUAAAUCAGUGGAAAGAAAACCAGAACUACUUAAUGGUCAUAUACCUGCAGGCCACAUUCCUAAACCUAUAGUGAUGCCAGACUACUUAGCGAAAUACCCAGCGAUUCAAACAAAUGAAAUGCGAGACCGAUACAAAGCAGUAUUCAAUGACCAGUUUGCUGAGUAUAAAGAACUGUCUGUGGAAGUUCAUGCUGUAUUAAAAAAGUUUGAUGAGCUGGAUGCAUUGAUGAGGCAGCUUCCUCACCAUCCAGAAAGCAUAUAUGAACAGGAAAGGAUAUCAAAAGUUCUGCAAGAGUACAAGAAGAAGAAAAAUGAUCCUGCAUUUCUGGAGAAAAAGGAGCGUUGUGACUACCUAAAGAAUAAGCUUUCUCACAUAAAACAACGAAUUCAGGACUAUGACAAAGUUAUGAAUUGGAAUGUAGAAACUUAG